GAGGAAACGUAAAUAUUUAACUUUCUUCACUUUCUUACUGCCAGUAGACAAUAGGUUAAAAAAUGGAUUUUACCAAUGUUAAUGAUGAUUUAAAUGAUUCUGUGACAGUUCAAAACACGGCUAAUUUUGGUAAGGAAACCGGCUCUGAAGUUGAGACAGAAAGUCGAAGCGAAGCCGUUGAAAAACUUCUCAAAUGUAACGAGUGCGGAAAAGAGUUUGGUAGUCAGAAUACUCUAAACGUGCACAAGUUGCUUCACUUUGGUGUACGAUCCUUCCAGUGCAAAGAGUGUGAGGAAAUUUACUACACCAGUGCCCACCUGAAGGAACAUAUGAAAAGCCAUACCCGCCAGCGGCGGAAAAACAUCAACAUUCAGGCAAACCCUCGCGGCGUCUUCGAGUGCGAAUACUGCGGUAAGAAAUUUACCAACGUGAAAUGCUUUAAAGCGCACCUUCCUCUGCACACUACGAAGGAACUGACCAGCUGCGAAAUUUGCGGCAGGGAGUUUGCGUUGAAGCGAUACUUACGAACCCACCUCGCGUUACACAAAAGCGAGCGGCCCCAUAAAUGCGACCGCUGUGGCCGAGGAUUUAUUAAACGGGGGACACUGUUGAAGCAUAUCGACUCGCACAACGACGAACGGUUGCACAAGUGCUCCCUCUGUGGGAAGUCGUUCCUGCAGUCAGGUCACUUGCAGGAUCACUUUGCGGUUCAUCAGACUAGGAAGAAUGCUCACGCGUGUGACGUUUGCGAUAAAAGAUACGCUACGGAGAGGACGCUGCGAAGGCACCAGAAACGGGCUCAUCCGCUGUGUAAGCCCCAUCGGUGUGGCAAAUGUAGGGAAGGAUUUGAUAGCAAGUUGCUACUGCGUCAGCAUCAAUCUACUGGCGGUUGUUUGGGAAAACACGUGUGAUGGUGAAGGUAAUUUUUUUCUUUUUUAAGUAAAAGCUACUCAAAUAAAGAACAUAUGAAAUGAGAGUUUUUGGUCAACGACCGA